AUGACAGAUUUUGUGCCGUCCCUGGCCUUGGGGCCGAUGCCGGCGUGCUCUGCACGCAUUCGGCAAAGGGGCUUUGUGAUGCGCAAGUUGCAUGUCAGAGUGUUGGCAGCCUCAAGCCUUUUAAGUGCUGUCAGCCUCGCGGUGCUGACGUUCGUGUCACCCAGUUCGCCUUCCCAGGGCAGAGCCGCGCGAUUUUGUGGCCAACGACCAGUCCAGUCGCAGCUGCUGACGCCUUUAGCCGCGGCUUCGACCCUCAGCUGGACGACCCCGAGCAGCAGCUGGUCGGCUGAGCGCCUCAGCCCUCGAGAGUGGUUGCGCAUGUAUCGAACGCUGGGUCUCUCCCAGGAUGCCACGAAGGCUCAGGUCUCAAAAGCUGCGUCGCGACUACGCAAGAAAUACUCUUCAGACGAGGCUGCCCUGCAGCGAGUCGAAGCUGCGAACCUCUGGAUAAUGACGAAGGAAGAGGCACUGCGUGCCAAGCAGGCAGCGAAUCGUCUCCGGGAGCUCGGAGACUCUCCGCGAAGGCUCUUUCACAAGUACGUAGCUGGCUACGUGCCUCCUGGGGUACGGCAGAUGAUAGAGCCGCCGACUACAAAACAUUUCCGAUGGGCCAGUGGACUUCUCGGUGCAUUCGCACUUUUUGGUCUGUGCGUUCCCACCCAGGCGACAAACUUCAUUGGCCUGGCAGCAGCAUCGGCCAUGGGCCUCGUCUACCAGCGCAACCGUCCGGAACCGGUGAAAGAUGACAUGGGCAACGUGGGUGCGGUGCAGAAGCCGAACGUCAAAGAGAUGGGCGCAUCGAUUGCACUCGUCGUCAUCGGGGCGAUUCUGAGUGCCGGCCUAUCCUUGAUCAUCUCCUUCAGUCUCCAGACGGACUUCCAGGCGUACUUCUGCACGACCACUUGCUUCGUGCUCUGGCUUGUCGCUCUCUUUUUCAAGGUCUACCAGUGCUUCGAUGCGUGA